AUGGAUAAACUGUAGGCAAUUGAUAUGCUUUUUUUCAUUACGAUUGCUUUUUUUGGGAAGAAGUUCAAAACAAUGAAUUUAAAGAAAAGGGGGAUAUUUAAAACCAAAGACAAUUAAACAUUUUAAGGGAUUUGGGAUGAAAGAAAAUUAAAAUAUGGCAUUAUAUAAACGUUAUUAUUACUAAUAAUUUAAUAGAUAACUUAUAAAUAUGUGGAAUAAUUUAAGGAUGGUUUAAGGGAUGGAUUAGGAGAAUGUCAUUAUUCUGAUGGUACAAUCAUUAAAGGGAAUUGGAAAUAAGAUAAUCUUAAUGAUUUAUGUCAAAUCCAAUUUACUGAUAAUACUGUUUUUAGUGGAUAUUUUUAUAAGAAAUGA